UGCGAAUGCCCGCAGUGGCCUAACAAAAGAGGGCGGGGCUUGUCGGAAAAGCGGUGGUAUAAAAACAACACUUACAACGUUACAACGAAGCACAAAAACGACAUUGAGGCAUAAUAACGUCUCGUCACUUUCUGCUUAAACUACAAGAUUUACAUAAACACCUUGUUACAGGUGAUUUGGAGCAGUUAUUAUGGCUCGUACAAAACAGACAGCUCGUAAAUCUACAGGAGGAAAAGCGCCCCGUAAACAGCUCGCCACUAAAGCGGCUCGGAAAAGUGCGCCCUCUACAGGUGGGGUGAAGAAACCGCACCGUUACAGGCCUGGUACUGUGGCUUUACGUGAGAUCCGACGUUAUCAGAAAUCCACAGAGCUGCUGAUCAGGAAGCUGCCGUUCCAGCGACUCGUCCGAGAAAUUGCUCAGGACUUUAAAACUGAUCUGAGGUUUCAGAGUGCAGCAAUAGGAGCCCUGCAGGAGGCAAGUGAAGCAUAUCUGGUAGGUCUAUUUGAAGACACUAAUCUGUGUGCUAUCCAUGCCAAACGUGUCACCAUCAUGCCCAAAGACAUCCAGCUGGCACGACGUAUCCGUGGAGAACGUGCUUAACGCACAUACACACUAUUAUAAAAAUGUGCACACACACAACUACACACACUCUCCUAAUUAAACAAGGUUGAUCUGUGAAUCUGUCUGUCUCUCCUUCGUGUGUGUGAAAUCCCAUGGAGGCUCCUGAUUGGUUGUAGGUUUUGGUGUUCUACAUUAUUUGGAUGUUCUGGUUGUGUGUAUUGUGUGUCACUGGAUUUAGUGUGAAUCAGCUUCUCUCUCUUUGUGUGUUACUGUGUGUUUUUACAUUGUUCUUAUUUUUAAUCUCAGUAAAAAAAUUUUGUCAUUUUCACCAGUGUAAAGCCGAAUAUAUCGUGCUUCACUUUAUUGGCGUCUUUACUCUGACAGUGAGACUGAUUUAUAAACACACUUUUAUUUUUCUUUAUUUUUUAAAAUGUUAAUUCUAAGCUCAUGUUUAUUAAUCUGUGUGUCAUCAGCAGGUUUUUCUACAUUGUUUUGUACAAAAUGUAUCUUUGGGUAUCAGAUUUUAUUCAGUAGAUAAAUAAAGGUGUUGUUUUUGCCCUGA